UGUGCACCUGCAGAGAGCGGCGGAGGAGGAGGUGGAGUGGAGUUUGGAUGCUUCGGUCGAGCUGUGUAGCUGCGUUUCACUCGAACUGAGCACAAGUUCUCCGACCAAGUUUCACUGAGGAAGUCGUGGAAUAGCUGGAACAAUGAUGGAGCUUUCGAUAGGCCGGUUCUGCUGUGUACUGUUGAGCCUCUUCGCAGGUUUGGUCUCAGGUCUAGAGAUUACAUCUACAGGGCCAACAUCCAUAGAAAAGGCCAGUGGUCAGAGUGUGAAGCUGGACUGCCAGUUUACUCUGGCCCCUGAAGACUCUGGACCGCUGGAUAUUGAAUGGAGCUUGCUGGCAUCUGACAACCAGAAAGAGGACAAAGUGGUGAUCCUGUACUCAGGUGACAGAGCCUACGUGGACUACUAUCCACCCAUGACAGGUCGAGUCCACUUCAACUCACCCGACCCCAAAAAUGGCGACGCCUCCAUCAACCUGACAGGGCUGAAAUCGUCAGACUCGGGCACCUACCAGUGUAAGGUGAAGAAGGCUCCUGGCAUCCGCAGCAGGAAGAUGCUACUGAUCGUCAUGGUGAAGCCGUCCAAGCCCAGGUGCUACGCCGAGGGCCCCACAGAGGAGGGCAAAAACAUUGUCCUGAGGUGCAAAUCUAGUGAGGGCACUAACCCCCUGCAAUACAGCUGGGAGAAGACCAGUGACAGCAAGCUGCUGCCCUCCACUGCUGUGUUGGAUCCUGUGGGAGGCACCAUUAAUGUGAAAAAUGCAUCUGCCAGCGCAUCUGGCACCUACCGCUGCUCUGUCAGCAAUCGUGUUGGCACUGAGGACUGUAUACUAUAUCUCAACGUAACACCUCCCCCCAACACUGCAGGCAUCAUUGCAGGAGCCAUAAUUGCUGUGCUCCUUAUCCUCCUCAUUAUUGCCAUCAUCCUCUUCUGCUGUUGCCGUGCUCGUCACAGGAAGAAGUACGAGAAGGAAAUCUGCAAUGAGAUAAGAGAAGACGUGCCUCCUCCUAAGAGCCGUGUUUCGACAGCACGCAGCUUCACCGUGGGCAGCCAGCGCUCCUCCCUGGGCUCCAUGUCGCCUUCCAACCUGCAUGAGUACGCCCUGAAGCCCCAGUAUGACAAGAUUCCCUCAUCAGAAGAGUACGAGAGGCCGCCGAGCCACGCCCCUGUGCCCCCGCCCAACGGUGCCAAGAUGGCCGGCCCCAACCUCAGCCGCAUGGGGGGCAUCCCUGUCAUGAUCCCGGCCCAGAACAGGGACGGCUCAAUUGUCUAGCAUGUCCUGUUCUCAAGAAGGGACCAUGAAACGAGGGGAAUGAACAGAGGAAGGGAGUAGGACGCAAGCCAAUGAAGAUGGAGCAAGAGCUGGGAUGGGCCAACUCACCUGACUUUUAGCUCUUCAUUAUUUACAAAUGGGAGUAUACUUCUCUUAUGAAGAAGCUCUGCUGUGCUUUUACUGGAAUCACAACAGACAACAACUUUUUAUCAAAUACAAAAAACCUUAUGAAUUUUGUUCCCUUUUUCUCACAGAAAAAUGAAUUGGUGUGGAUAUAAAGCAGAAUGGUCAAUAUACAAAUUAUAUUGUACAUAAGUGAAUGCAUGUCUUUUUUCAUAUAGAUGGCCCUUGCUGUAGAGAUACUGUGUGUUCAGAUACUGUGUGUCAACAGAUCCAGGCCCCUAACUGGACAGCUGUACAGCUGUAUGCAUGCAUGUGUGUAUAAAAUUGCAGCAAUAUGUGUGUGUGAAUAUAGGUUUAUGUAUGUGAAUGGGAAAUUUGGGAAAUAGUUCAUUUACUGUCUUUAAAUGCCUACAUAACAGUAUGAUCAUUUGUCAGGUGAUCCUGUCCUUGCAAGUUGCUGACAUUUUUUCCAUACAUUUAUUGUAAAAUGAGAUGGUCUGACCUUAUGGAAAAAGUGAAAGACUAAUUAUAGGAAAUUUAACAGAUUUGAAUUUUUGGACCAAGUUGAAAACAAUCUAUUUAGGUCAGCGGUUUUCUGUUGAACCAUUUGCUGUUUGAAUUGUCCAGUCAGGGCUUAGGUGGGGGGAUCAAAGGGACCAGAUUGGAUGGAGAGGAGGGGGGAGGUUCAAGCCCCCACAUCUUGUGAUUGGGUGGAUUAUUGCUUCUUGACCAAGCUUAAAAAACAAUAAAAGACCAGUGUCCAACCCCCACCUCCACCCUCCUCCAGAGAUCUUAGAGGAGUUAGUUUAUGGGGAAAUAAAGGGGGCAGCUGGACAACAAGGUUCACUGAGCAAUCCGCAUUGAUUGUGUUUGACUGUCAACAGGCCCCUAACCCCAAUUACCACCAAAACAUCUGAACUCCCCAACACACAUCUUAUUAGCAGGGCAAGAGCACCAGGGCUUAAAUGAUCAUAUGUAGUAGCAAACCCCCCUCAGGGGUACUACAUAUAUAAUACUUCUUAUUUGCAGUCACAUUACAAAGAGCCAAUAUCUUGAUUAACCCUCUGUCUGUGGUCAAUAUGAAACCUUUCAUGGCUUCUGUGUUAAUUGGACUUGUUAAUGAGGGAUGUAAAGCCUGUGUGCAUGAAGGAACUGCCCACAUAGAGGAACAAAUGUGAGCCUUAGAACGCUGAAUACUGUUUCUCUGUGUCCCACUUCCACAAACCACUUUGGUUUGGGUUCAUUUUACAGAUCAGUUCUGUCAGUCAGUGCUGGAUAAUAUAGAUUUUCAUUCAGGCAGUCCAGCAGUAAAUUUCUGUAGGCCAGUCCUUGCAGUUGGUGGGUUACUCUACUUUUAAACCAUGAAAAUGUUUGGAACCUCAACAUGUCAUCUUGUCUGCUACUUGACUUUGAAAGAAGCAGUAUGAAUACUUGGAGUGGGCAGACUGCUUCUUUUUGCUCCAACGCCUUAUUCUAUUCCUUAUUUUAGCCAUACGCACCUCAUUUCACCUCUGCACAGCCCUCACAGAUGGAUUCUAAUGACUUUUAUUGUGCCUUGUUGCCCUAGUUGAGUUGUGCCAUAGCACAUCUGCCAGCGUGCACUGUGCUAUGUGCAGUAGCAUUAUCCUAAAUGGCCGCCAUAGCCCACAGCCACUAGAACAAUAUAAUAAUCAGUGAACCUAUUGAUUGUUUCCUGUUGCCUCAGUCAGGUCGUCUAGGAUUUCCAACGCCUUCUCACCCCAUACAAAUUCACCCAUAGCUUAACAAAACCUUUAGCAGUGUCGUAAAGCUUUUAUUUUGCAUUCCAAAAUUGACUUCAUAUUUGUUUUUUUUUGUUUGUUUUUUUAAACUUUAUUUAAACAUCGGUAAUUGAUGUGCUUUUUUAAAAAAUAACAUAAAUGGUUCUGGCUAUAUGUAUAAAUAUUCUGUCAAAGUAACCCUAUCUAAUCACAACAGUCGAAUGAUAUAAAGAUGAAGAUGUUUGUACGUAUAUGUGAUGCUCUGCUGUGCUGUUCUUGGCAAAUCUAUAUCUAAAACAGAGGACGAGGGGCUUGUCAGUACAAUGUAAAUGCUCCCUGGUCGGAUUGGGAGUUCUGGCAUUGUGUGCAUGUGAGUGUGUGCAUGUGUGUGUAUCGGAUGUUUUUAUGUAUGAAUUCAUCAAAGGGGACGUGACAGUUGUAGAAACAGAUUUUGACAGGUUUAAUGUUGCACCUAUUUUCCAUCACUAAGGAGAGUAAGACCUGGGCCUGCCUAGACAAAAAAAAUUUUAUCUGUCACUUCCCUAUUUAAACACUGCUCUUGGUGUGUGUGUGUGUGUGUGGUGUGUG